AACUAAACAAGAACAGCAGCGGCAUGGAUAAUCUUUUUCAGUGCAUCUGUACAUCAGUUAUUACGGUAUUACUGGGCCACAGACAGCAUGGCAGCCUCCAUGAGGAGCCUCUUAGUUAUGUAGCAGGAGUUUAGCACUUUUUCAGAGGAUCUUUGUCUUUCUGCGAGGGUUAGUUUCUGCUGCCAGGAUUCCGAAAAGCAUUCAAAAACGUCAGUACGUCUUCUGCCAAAUACACCGUUGGGGACCACCCAUUCCAACCAAGGUCUGAUGAAGAGCAUCUCUGAAAGCACAACAUGUGGAACCUUGAAGCAGAUGGGCUACAGCAGCAGAAGACCACACCUGGUGCCACUCCUGUCCGCUAAGAACAAGAAAGUUUGAGCUCAUCAAAAUUGGACAAUAGAAGAUUGGAAAAAACGUUGGUCUGAUGAGUCUGGAUUUCUGCUAUGACAGUCAGAUGGUGUGUAUCUCACAUGUUGAGAAAGAAGCUUCCCCUCCUGCAAAGCUUCCUUUUACCGGUUUCCAGACAUGUCAGUCACCUCGCCAGACAUCAGUACGAUGUCAUCGUGGUGGGUGGGGGCCACGCAGGGACUGAGGCAGGGGCGGCAGCAGCCAGAGUGGGGGCUGAAACACUCCUUGUCACACAGAAAAUUCACACAAUCGGUGCUCUGUCCUGUAACCCGUCCCUGGGAGGGGUAGGGAAGGGCCAGCUCGUGAAGGAGGUCGAUGCUCUGGAUGGGCUGUGUGGUCGUGCGGGAGACUGGGCUGGGAUUCAUUUCUCCAUCCUGAAUCGUAGAAAAGGGCCUGCUGUGUGGGGUCCAAGAGCCCAGCUGGACCGCCAGCGCUACCGAGAGUUCAUUCAGUCUGAGCUGCUGUCCACUCCCAGGCUGACGGUGUUAGAGGGUUCAGUGGAGGAGCUGCUGAUAACAGAACCAAACCCAGAGGAGCCUGGACACCACAGAGUCACUGGAAUACGUUUGGCCAAUGGCAGCCACUCAAUUUCAGCCAGGUCAGUGGUUCUUACCACUGGUACUUUCCUGUCUGGCUCCCUUUUUGUGGGUCAAACCACGUCCCCCGGGGGUCGGAUUGGAGAUGCUCCAUCAAGUGCUGGGCUGUCCCAUAUGCUGAGGGAGAAGCUGGGGCUAAGGAUAGGCAGACUGAGGACUGGCACUCCUCCCAGGAUUGUGAAGGAUUCAGUAGACCUUUCCUUGGCUAAGCUUCACCCCCCUGACAGUCAUCCGACUCCUUUCAGCUUCCUGAAUUCCCACACCCGCUGCAAGCCAGAAGAGCAGUUGCCCUGUCACCUGACCUUUACGACACCUGGUGUGGAGAGGGUGGUGAGGGAGAGUCUUCAUCUGAACUGUCACAUACAACAAGACACCAAAGGUCCCAGGUACUGCCCCUCCAUUGAGUCGAGAGUGCUACGCUUUCCAGGCAGAAACCACCAGGUGUGGCUGGAGCCAGAGGGGGUGACCUCUGACCUUUUGUACCCUCAGGGACUGUCCAUGACAAUGCCCCCUGACAUGCAGCUCCGCCUAAUCAGAGAAAUCCCUCCCAUGCACAGAGCUGAGAUCCACACGCCAGGUUAUGGUGUGCAGUACGAUUUUGUGUGUCCCACUCAGUUGAGUCCGGCGCUGCAGGUGAAAAGCACUCAAGGUCUGUUUCUGGCCGGUCAGAUCAAUGGAACAACAGGGUACGAGGAGGCUGCUGUACAGGGCUUGUGGGCAGGGGUGAACGCUGCCCGCUGGGCACUCUCCAUGCCUACAGUGGCGCUGUCGCGAACAGAGAGCUAUAUUGGAGUUCUCAUUGAUGAUCUGGUGAGUCGAGGCGUUACAGAACCUUACCGCAUGUUCACCAGCCGGGCCGAGUUUCGAACUCAUUUAAGGCCAGACAAUGCCGACCUCCGUCUGACUCUGAAGGGCUUUGAGGAGGUGGGAUGUGUGUCUUCCUUGCGCCACCAGGAGACUUUAAGAGUGAGGAACAGUCUCCAGGAUGCACUGAUGGCCCUUCAGACUCUCACUCUGUCCACAGCCAACUGGAGAAAAAAACUUCCUGGCAUUCCCAUAAGUGAGACCAAGAGCACCUUAAUGACUGGCAUAGAUCUGCUUCAGUACAGUGAUGUGACUUUUGAAAUGUUGGCAUCUGCCUUCCCAGAGAGCCUUUCACCUUAUGUGAAAUUCUCACAAAGACUCAAGAUAGAGGCUGUUUACAAGCCUCACUGUGACUUAAACAAGAAAGAGAUUGAGAGAAUUCAGAGGGAGGAGAACAUGUCUCUGCCACAGGACAUCGACUAUUUCUCUCUGCCGGUGUCGCUUUCCCAAGAAGUCCGAGAGAUACUGGACAGAGUUCGACCGAGCACUCUGGGUGCUGCUACUCGUUUGGAAGGUAUAACUCCUGCUGCAGUCGUCAAUCUCCUCAACUAUGUGCGCAUCACAGAGAAAAACAAGGAAACGCACAGAAACCAACAACCUCAAAAGGAGAGAGAACAGGAGCUGUGUGCAAACAGUGCGUCUUUACCUCAGUGAUGCAAUCUAAUAAUGACUCAAACUGUCUUGUAAAAAUGUAUUUAUUUCUGUGAAAUUAUC